AUGCAGGCCCUGUGGCCUCUCAUGGCCCUGCUGGCCCUGAGCCAGGCCUUGCCCUUUGAGCAGAGAGGCUUCUGGGACUUCACCCUGGACGACAGUCUGCAACUGAUGAACGACGAGGAGGCCUCGGGCGCCGGCACCACAUCCGGAGCCCCGGACCUGGACUCCCUCACCCCCACCUUCAGUGCCAUGUGUCCUUUCGGCUGCCAUUGUCACCUUCGUGUUGUUCAGUGCUCUGACUUGGGUCUGAAGACUGUGCCCAAGGAGAUCUCGCCCGAUACCACCCUGCUGGACCUGCAGAACAAUCACAUCUCUGAGCUCCGCAAGGAUGACUUCAAGGGCCUCCAGCACCUCUACGCACUCGUCCUGGUGAACAACAAGAUCACCAACAUCCACGAGAAGGCCUUCAGCCCCCUCCGGAAGCUGCAGAAACUCUACAUCUCCAAGAACAACCUGGUGGAGAUCCCACCCAACCUGCCCAGCUCCCUGGUGGAGCUCCGUAUCCAUGACAACCGCAUCCGCAAGGUGCCCAAGGGUGUGUUCAGCGGACUCCGGCAUGUGAACUGCAUCGAAAUGGGCGGGAACCCCCUGGAGAACAGUGGUUUUGAACCCGGAGCCUUUGACGGCUUGAAACUCAACUACCUGCGCAUCUCAGAAUCCAAGCUCACCGGCAUCCCCAAAGACCUCCCCGAGACCCUGAACGAACUCCACCUGGACCACAACAAGAUCCAGGCCAUUGAGCUGGAAGACUUGCUGCGCUACUCCAAGUUAUACAGGCUGGGCCUGGGCCACAAUCAGAUCCGGAUGAUCGAGAACGGAAGCCUGAGUUUCCUGCCCACCCUAAGGGAGCUGCACCUGGACAAUAACAAACUGUCCCGUGUGCCCGCGGGGCUGCCUGACCUCAAACUCCUGCAGGUGGUCUACCUGCACUCCAACAACAUCACCAAGGUGGGAGUCAACGAUUUCUGCCCCAUCGGCUUUGGGGUCAAGCGGGCCUACUACAAUGGGAUCAGCCUCUUCAACAACCCCGUGCCCUACUGGGAGGUGCAGCCGGCCACCUUCCGCUGUGUCACCGACCGCCUGGCCAUCCAGUUUGGCAACUACAAGAAGUAG